AUGUCUGGACCUCCACCAGUAGUGCGAGCUAUAUACUCCAACACUGAGGUUUAUGAAUGUGACAUGAACGACUCUCCUAUAAUGAGGAGAUGCAAAGACGAUUGGGUGAAUGCCACACAAAUUUUAAAAUGUUGUAAUUUUCCCAAAGCUAAACGGACAAAAAUCUUGGAAAAGGGUGUACAACAGGGCUUGCAUGAGAAAGUUCAAGGAGGGUUUGGUCGUUUCCAGGGAACUUGGAUACCUCUUGAGGAUGCACGCCGAUUAGCACACACAUAUGGGGUAACGAGGGAACUAGCACCAGUCUUGUUCUUGGACUUUAACGACCCCAAUUUAGUGAUCCCAGUGAAAGCAAAGCCUCCUCCUAAGGAAAGUACUAAUUUGAUUAAACGAAAGUACAUCAAAAAGUCAAAGCAACCGGGCGACACCCCUAAAAAGUACAAGACGGGCAAGAAAGCAGCCUUGCAACAGGCGGCAGCAGCAGCAGGUGGAGGAGUAGCAUCGGCCGACAUACUGAUGGGGGAGUUACAACCCUCUGCUCAUAGCUCCUUUAUCUCACAGGAUGCAAACGGGACACAUUCAAGACUGAAUUCGUUUAUUGCUCCCCCCAAUUCUUAUCCACAAGGAUUCAUCAAUGGUCAACAAACAGCUCGCAAAUCAUUGCCGCAUCCGGUACCCCAACAAUUUGACCACAUGGCAUUGACGCCUCAUAGUGCAGGCACCUCAUUUUCCCAGCCAGAGUAUCCACCAUUCAAUGGAAGCAAUAGUCUACCCAGUUCGCAAAAUGGGUAUCCAAACUCACAAUUGAUACUGCGGUUUCAACAAUUCCAACCGCAACAGUUUCCCCAAAUGUACCCGCAACAAAACAGCAACGUGAGACAAUUUCCUAUACCUAUACCAAAUCCAAUUCCACCGCAAGUGUAUGCAGAGGGUAAAGUGCUCUCAUCGCAAUCUUCAAAUGAAUCAAACUGGUCGUUACACAAUGACCAAAAGGAGAGCGAUACAUCGAUAACCUCCAGCAUGGGAGACAGAAAACUGUUUAGCAAUGGGAGUCAACUACCACAGGAUGAGCCAACCCCCGGCGAUGACAACAGCUAUUCAGCACAGCUUUUGAAAUUCUUUAGUGAAGAUAGUGCCGAUAUUCCAUAUUUUGUUCACAACCCGCCAUCUGAUUUCAACAUCAAUGAACCUAUUGACGACGAAGGGCACACGCCAUUACACUGGGCUGCAUCCAUAGGCAACUACGAAAUGAUUCACACCUUGAUCAGCAAAGGAGCUAACCCAUUGAUUGUAAAUAACUUUGGAUUGAACCCGUUGUCAAAGUUGAUUUCGUUUAACAAUUGUUACGAGUUGAGAAAUUUUGACAAAGUUUUGAAUGAUUUAGAGUUGUGUUUGAUCAAUACCGAUAUCAAUGGAAGGACACCAUUACAUUACUUGUGCCAAUUUGCCAAAGUAAAGUCAAAAUUCGAAAGUUUGCAAUCGUAUUUGAAUUCAAUCUUGACAAAGUUGCAGGUUCUAACCAACCAGAGCCAAACGAGACUGGUUAAUUUGUUGAAGAAUGUUUUGAAUCAUCAAGACGUACGCGGUGAUACGUGCUUACAUAUUGCUAUAAAGUCGGGGUGCUCCAAUUUUGCUCAAAUUUUGAUCAAAUAUGGAGCUAGAGACGACAUUGAAAAUAUCGAUAGACAAACAGCGAGAGGCUUGAUUGUUCAAUACAAUAUAAUACCAAACUAUACGCAAAUUGAUUCCGCGCAGGAAGCUUAUCAAACUCAAUUGUCGAUGGGUUAUUACGAGCCAAGGAAUAGUGCGCGAAGUUUACAAGACCAGCAAGCUUCCGCUCAAGGUUUAGCGACUCCGAUACAACCAAGCUUCCAUAGAGUUGAAACGCCAGAUACACAACGGACUACAGUACAGGAUGACGAUGUUGAGGAAGAUGACGAACCAAUGGCCAGGGUUGAUAGCAGGCAUCUUGAAGCUUUGAACGACGACGAUAAGGAAAAUAUAUUUGUUGAAAAACGUGGAGAUAAUAUGUCGCCUCCAACAGUACACCGUAACCAACUUAACUCAGUUCAUCAACCAUUAGCUGUGAUAUCCGAGAUUGAGGCAGCGACAGCAGCAGCAGCAGCAGCAGCAUCUUCACCUUCGUCUAUCUCUGGCACACAGCAUCCGGCCAUGAUUCAGCAUUCUCCACUACCACCAGCAGCGGCACCACAUCAUACACAUCAUAGUAUAGCAUCGCAACAAAUAGGUCACGACAAGAUUACCCAAUCACUGCGUCGCAUCUUUACGAAACCAAAUCCACCCAAGUUGGAUGACGAAGGAAAAAUUGUGCAGAAGGAGGAGUCAGAUAAGAGCCUACCUCUUGAGGAUUUGUCAGUCAUGAUUACAGGAAUGAUUGGUUCAUUUUCAGGUUCAUACAAAGAGGAGUCGAGCCGAUUAGAUAAGCACUUGGCUCAGUUGAAGUCAUCCUUUGCUGAAAAGCAAAGCGAAACAAACAAGUCAUUAAAGUACAUCAAGAAACUUUUCCGUAGUUCUGGAAUCGAGCUCGAAACCAACGAGUUCAAUACAAUUGAAGAAGCACAAUCGAUUGUCAACAAACACAUUCAGCUCUGCCAGCAGAGCAUAACCGAAAAUGAAUUCAGAGUGACAAACAUUAUGCAACGGAGUCAGGCAUUUGACUUGGCGUCCUUGGUACAGAAAGAAGAGCGCGCAACUAUGGAUUUGAAAUCAAAUGGACAUCGCGAUCAUGAAGAUGACGAUCAUGAAGAUGAUGAUGACGAUGAUGAUGAUGAUGGCACCAGUGAUUUAGUAAAUGAAGAGAAAUUUGACAUGGCUGUUGAAUUGACCCAGUAUCAACUACAGAGAACUAAAUUGGUGAAUGAAAUUGCCAAAAGUACGAAAAUGUUUGGAAUUGAUGAUACAAUGUACAAGUAUAGAAAAUUGUUGAGUUUGAGCUGUGGUGUACGCGUGGAGGAUAUUGAUAGUUUGAUUGAUGGAAUUGCCGAGUCAUUAGCUGAGGGUCGUUGA